UGGAACAGCCGGUGAACGGUGUAAAUACAUCCUACCUUGUGUCCGAAGAAUAUAUCAUAAGGCAAAUGAAACGCAAAUAAAGCAGAAAGAUUAUCUAAUCGAUAAUUUCAAACUUUUGAUUUCUCUGCAACUACAAGAGCCUGAAAAAUAAAUAUGACCAUGCGAAUAUUUAGGAAAAUAUUGACAGACUUUGCGAUCGGGAAGAGGAGAUUACAUGUAACUACGAAUCUCUCAUCUUUCUAUGAACGCGAUCGAAAAUCAGGUUAUAAAAUAGUGUACGAUAGACCACCACCGGAACAAAACUUAAGUAUCAUAGGCAGAUUACGCGAAGGAUGUCGACAAUUCAAGGAAGAGUUUGGUAUUUGGUUAGAGGAAAUGAGAGAAAAAUUUAAAAUGGAUCCUACUCUUAUAUACAGGUCAAACGAAGUGGAUGUUGCGUGGCGAUUUAACAGGGAUCCAAAAUCAUUGGAUCAGUGGGUUAUUACCUGUGAUAGCGAUUAUGAAGAAGGCUUUUCAACAGCUAAAUUAGAAUUGUCUCCUAUUGGUACUGGCAUAUUUUCUGGCACAUUAAGUACUCGUUUACCUAAAGACGGCAGAAUAAAAAAUGCUGGUUUCUGUAAUAUUACCACGAUACCCAAACAAAAAUCCAAGCGCGAUGUUUGUCAUGAUUGGACGCCAUAUACUCAUCUUAUUCUUCGUAUUAGAGGAGAUGGCAGGUGUUACACGUUGAAUAUUUCAACCAGAGGUAUAUUCGACCUGAUGUGGAACGAUGUAUAUCAUUAUGUGCUCUAUACCAGAGGUGGGCCUUAUUGGCAAUAUGUCAGAAUACCAUUCUCUAAAUUUGUAUUUACAAGUAAAGGCAGGCUGCAGGAUGAUCAGACAGUCAUUAUGUUACAUGAAGUCACAAAUUUUGGUAUUUCAUUGGGAGAUGAUAUUAAUGGUCACUUCAAAUUAGAAAUUGACUAUAUUGGUUUGGAAUGUGACGAAUAUCAUAAUGAGGAGUUUGCUUAUGAAUCUUACAAUUUCUCAGGAGUCAGAUUUUAAUUUUUACAUACAAAGUAAAAGAGAGAUUAUCACUUUGUCACUCCAUAUAUAAGGGGAAGUGGGAAGUGUAAAUAGGAAAUGUGAAAAUAUGUAUUGCAUAGUAUGAAUAAUAAACUUGUAUAUAAUUUA